AAGAAGAACGGUGACGUCAUUCGCCUCGCGACAGAAACACGGUGCAUGUAGCAUGUAGCAUGUAGCAUGUAGCAUGUAGCUGCUCUCCGCCGGUUACCGGAACACACCGAGAUGAGAGUUCACCUGCCGAGUCACCUGUGAGUGGGAACGCGGUGUUUGUGUGGUGGAGGAGGCGGAGGAGCGCAGGUGGAGGAGGAGGAGGGUGUGAGCUCUUAGUCCCCGGGAUGGAGACCUGGACCCCUAACCCACGAGCCAAGCCGUUCAUCCCGCGCCAACAGAGGAGCCUGUACCUCACCUGGAAGUACAAACUGACCAAUAAGAGGACGAUCCGCCGCUUCUGCCAGGCUGGCGCCGUGCUGUUUCUGCUCAUAACGGUCAUAGUCAACAUUAAACUCAUCUUGGACACGAGGCGAGUGGCUAACGAAGAUGCAGCUGCUCAAGAAUACGAGGACGCGUUGCCCAACAUGGAGACUCCACGCAGGCCGGCUAACGGACGUAAGGCCCUGGACAUCGAGGUGUACUCCAGCCGCUCAAAGGUCUACGUGGCGGUGGACGGCACCACUGUGUUGGAGGAUGACAUGCGGGAGCAGGGCAGAGGCAUCCAUGUGAUCGUUCUCAACCAGGCAACUGGUCACGUGAUGGCCAAGAGGAUCUUUGACACCUACUCUCCCCACGAGGACGAAGCCAUGAUCCUCUUCCUCAACAUGGUGACCCGGGGUCGAGUCCUCAUCUUCACCAUAAAGGACGAGGGAACGUUCCACCUGAAGGACGCUGCCAAGAACCUGCUGAAGAGUCUGGGCAGCCAGGUGUCUCUGAACCUCAGCUGGAGGGACAUGUGGACGCUGGUGGUGAAGAAAGGAGGUCAGGUGUAUGGAGAGAAACACUCAAAGUCUCCAGCUCUGUCCACCUGGGGAGACCCGGUGCUGCUGAAGACUGAGGUGCAGCUCACCGCCUCUGAAGAGGCAGAGUGCCACUGGGCGGACACCGAGCUCAACAGGAGGAGGAAGAUCUUCUGCAGCAAAGUGGAAGGAUACGGCAGCAUCUGCAGCUGCAAAGACCCGGCACCCAUCGAGUUCAACCCCGACCCGUUGCCGAUCAAUAACGUCUUCGGCGUCCCCGUGGCUGUCAUCGCAGGGAACCGACCCAACUACCUGUACAGGAUGCUGAGGUCACUUCUCUCGGCUCACGGCGUCAACCCGCAGAUGAUCACAGUCUUCAUCGACGGCUAUUAUGAGGAGCCCAUGGAUGUCGUCGAGCUGUUUGGACUGAAGGGCGUUCAGCACACGCCCAUCAGCAUCAAGAAUGCCAGAGUGUCCCAGCACUACAAGGCGAGUCUGACGGCGACCUUCAACCUUCACCCAGAAGCAAACUUUGCCAUCGUGCUGGAAGAAGACCUGGAUAUCUCCAUCGACUUCUUCAGCUUUCUGAGUCAGACCAUCCACCUGUUGGACGAGGACGACAGCCUGUACUGUAUCUCGGCCUGGAACGACCAGGGCUACGAGCACACGGCAGAAGACCCGGCGCUGCUGUACAGAGUGGAGAGCAUGCCCGGCCUGGGCUGGGUGCUGAAGAAGAGCCUGUACAAGGACGAGCUGGAGCCCAAGUGGCCGACACCUGAGAAGUUGUGGGACUGGGACAUGUGGAUGCGAAUGCCCGAGCAGAGGAAAGGUCGAGAGUGCAUCAUCCCCGACGUGUCCCGCUCUUACCACUUCGGCAUCAUCGGCCUCAACAUGAACGGUUAUUUCCACGAGGUUUAUUUCAAGAAGCACAAGUUCAACACUGUUCCCAACGUGCAGCUGAAGAGCGUUGACAGCUUAAAGAAAGACGCGUAUGAAGUGGAGAUCCAGAACCUGCUGAAGGAAGCAGAGGUGUUGGACCACACUAAGAACCCGUGUGAGGACUCAUUCCUGCCAGACUCCGAGGGGAAGACCUACGUCAUGUUUAUUAAGAUGGAGACCGAGACGGACACAUCCACCUGGACAGAGCUCGCCAAGUGCCUCCAUGUCUGGGACCUGGACGUGCGAGGAUACCACAGAGGCCUGUGGCGGCUCUUCAGAAAGAGGAAUCACGUCCUCGUGGUGGCCGUGCCGAUCUCCCCGUACUCUGUGAAGAAACCAGCCACUGUCACCCCCAUUCACAUCGAGCCUCCGCCCAAAGAAGAGGGAGCCCCGGUGGAGCAGAUGUAGGCCUGAUGUUACACUCAAACACACACACACACACUUGAACCAGCCCAGGCCUUAACUCGUCUUCUCGACUAAUAAUCCAGCCUGGGACACACACGGCGACAAAAACUGACUUUUCCUAGAUGUUGAACUCGUGUACGAGAGGAUACCUGGGAAACGGAGUCCUGGUUGUUUGUUUUUUUUGUUUUGUUUUGUUUUGGGAUUAACAAACAAACUGCAUCCGUCCGACAGCUUGACGAGGAACAGCCAAAUGUGACUGUACGACCAAAAAACGGUACCUAACAGCUGUCAUUUCUUUGUUUCCGUGACAACUGUGGGCUGAUCAGCUGCUUCAGAACAUCACACACACACACACACACACACACACACACACGGUUUUCCUUUCAGUUUGUUGUGUCAUUUUUAAAAACUACUGAGUGCUCUGAUCAUUUUGUACAUACGUUUUAACUUAUGUCUAUUUAUUUUACAUCGAUCGAUCAAACGAGAGUUCAGUGGUUUUGUUUUUUUGCAUUUUUUUUAAAACCACUUUUAUCGAGAUAAGAACAUUUUUUAAGAGCCUAACGUUUACAGAUAACGAGAUAAUAAUGUAUAUACAUGCCUAUAUAUAUUUUUUGAUGAAAAAUCUUAAAGGGUCAGCAUAUUUUUCAGCAUUCGAUACGUUCGAGUUUGAGUGGACAGCCCCUGUGGGUUUUUUAACUGCUAUCGACCGGCUCGGAUCAGUUUCCUGCGUCAGGUUCAGCGACGGCAAAUUCUACAGUGGCUGAAAAGAGACAAAAAUGGGGAAAUAUUCACAGAUGUAACAGCAUAUACUCCAAUUAGAAACAUCAAAAACAAGUCAUGGUUUUACGUUUUAAUCUUGUGGCUCCUUUUUUGUCAAAUGAAGAAAAUUUAUUGGGAAAAUAUUUAGUGUUUUUUAAAGUUUGGCUCCAGGAAAAGACAAAAUAUAGAUUUCUAUUUUAAAUUUGGUUCAUACUUUUAGCUUCCAUGACAAAUUCUUCUUCUUGCGUCAUUUUAAAAAUGCUGCUUUUAUUCUUCAUAAAAAAAUUUUAAAAACACACCGGUCAGUUAUUGAAGGCUCACUGCAGCGCUGUUUUUUGCAACAUGUUCCUGAAUGCAUCGUUUGUGAUUAAAUCUGUGCACACUAAGAGAACAACAGAUCUUUCCAUUGUUUCGGCCUCUUUUAGCCACCGUAGCAGCUCGAGGCUCCAAAGCUUGAACAAAAACAACAAAAAAAGACAAAGCUCAUCUGGGUGUUUGCAGGCGACGGGUCAGAUUACUCUGCUGAUAUUUAAAAGGUUCCUCGUGUGUCGACUCUGUGAGGAGGAUUUGUUAUGUUGCCUUUUUUUUUCGUCAUCUGUGGUAAAAAGUUUGAUUCUCCGACGUGUGACUGAAAUGAUGAAAACGAUCGAGGCUGCUGCUUUUCAACAAGUCCGUUAUUUCAACUUCAAUAUUUUUCUCUUUUUUAGACCUGUUAUUUUCAUGAGAGAAGUUUCAUUUCUGAGAUUCUCGUGUUUCGUUUUAAAACCAUUUUUCCAACAUAAACUCGUAAAGGACUCAUGAUUAUAAUAAUUACUGAAGUCCUGAAUAAAUAUUUUCACACCACAAAAAGAGACUGCGAAUAAAAUCAAAACACUAAGAAGUUUAUAACACUAUAAACGUAUCUAUAAGUCUUUAUUGAUACAUGUAUGUAACAGUUCUAUAAUUGGAAGGAGAAAAUAAAAUUGGCCUCAUCGUAAAUCUGGACAAACUUCUUAAUCGGCUUUAUUAAAUACUCGAUUCUGAUUGGUCAAUUAAGGCACGUUACCGUCUGAUUUCUGUACAACAGACGGCUGCCAUGAAUAACAGACCAUCGCGGACACGAUAAAAACAUUUUUUAAUUAAUAUUUUCAGUCAAAUUUAUUGAUUUCUUCCGCGAGUAGCUGAAUAAUAACGCCGAGCAGACGGGUCAUUGUUGGUCAUUGAUCCUGCAUCACCUCGUCGAGGUGAUUACAUAACCUCGCACAGACAGAAGCUAAUGCAACAUGAGCUCUGGCAGUUUCCGCCUGUAGCACGCCACACACAGGUUGACACCUUGUUUCCUGGUUCACAGGUGUCAGUGAAGCGCCCUGAAGUGCCGAAACUUGACUCCAACACUGUCCACAAAAAGUUUUCCAGAUGCUUCAUACAGAAGUUCGUUAUUGGCAGAUACGUUAUUAAACGUGCUUCUUUUUGCUCAUCGACUAAUUAUGUAUUUUUUUAAAAACUUCAUGUUUGCCACCUGCAGUCAGACAGACUCACCUGUGUGAAGUCAUUCGGCUGGAUCGCAGCUCGGCUCGUGUCCGUCCGUGUCCUGAUCGUUUCAGUUUGGUUUUAAAAGUUUGAAUCUGCCUUCUGUUUCAUUUCACUCUAAUUUUUUUUUUUUUAUGUGUUUUCUUUGUGAAAUCGAGAGUGUGAAACUGAAUCCUCGUCUCCUCGGCAGUACAGGUGAUUUUUAUGAAAUGCUGUGAGAUCAUUUGGGAACUCGUGGACGGUACGUUGUAUGUGUGACGAUGAGGAUCUGUGGACAGUUUGACAUGUGUGAGUUCCUUAAUCUUCUGUCAUGGAAAUAAAGAUGUUUUUUACUGACGAGUCA